AUGGCUACCCCCAAUGUCCUUAUCUUUGAUGCUGAGGAUCGUGCUGUUGACUUUGAGGUCUGGGUCGAUGACCUCCAGCUCUUCCUACAGUGCGAUAGGACAGACGGACUCUCCCUGUUCGAUCUCACCUCUGGUGCCUCUCCUGCCCCGCCUGCUCAUCUUGACAGCACUGUUCGCUCACAGUGGGCCACACGCGAUGUUGCUGCCCGUCUUGCUGUGCGUCGCCACUUACCGACCGCUGAGCGUGCGCACUUUAGUGAGUACAAGAGUGCUAAGACCUUGGACCACUUCCUUUCAGUUUGCCCCACCACACUCACCAUUGACCUCCUUGAGGAGCGCCUCCUGGCAGUUGAGAAGAGUAUAGUCGCUGUAGGAGCCUCUAGAGGUGACCCGCGUGCCCCUGUCUUUGAGGGGUGCUCCCCCUCCCCCCUUUUGCCCUCUGUUGCCUCUGCUGCUGCCGUCAACUUCAUUGGCACCGAGUCGGUCGGCGCUGCGUCUGCCCCUAGCGGGCGACGCCGCACCGGCAAGGGCAAGGGGGGCAAGGGCGCUGGAGGGGCUGGCGGAGGCGGUGGAGGUGGAGGUGGAGGAGGCGGAGGGAGUGGGGGUGGUGGUGGGGGUACUGGUCCCUGUACCUACGUCCUCCGUACCAGCGACCGCGCUGGUGAGCAGUGCGGGGGCUCGCACUCCACCCAGCGCUGCUUCGGCCGCCUAACGGACGCUUGGCGUCACCAGUUCCCUUACGCCGCUGAGAUCCCUCGCUGGGGAGAGCUGUCUAGGGCGGGGGUUACUAUCUUUGAUCUUGACUAUGAUGCUAUUCUUGCUGCCAUGUAUGCUGUGUCUACUAGUGAUGAGGGUGACUGUUACCUGUGUGUUCCGCCUGACCAGGGCAUUGAGGCUGCUGCUCUAGGUGCUGGUGAGGCUGUUGCUCUAGGUGCUAGUGCGUCUGCUGCCCCUGUUGCUGGUGAGGCUGCUGCUUGA